AUGGGAAAACUUUGUUAUGUGAAAAGUUGUCCAAGUGGGCGAAAAUUAAAAAGUAAAGGAAUUGAUACGUCUCAACCUCUAUCUUUUUUUCAACCAACAACGCCGGCAAAAUUAAAAAAAUGGAAUAUGGCUUUGGGCACUACAAUGAAAAAAACUGAUUAUAUUUGUCACCUACAUUUUAAAGAGAAGGAUAUCAAGAUGUACGAAACGUUCAAUAUUAAAGGAGAGAUUAUAAUUCUUCCUACAGGCAAGAAAACACUACGAGAAGAAGCUCUACCAACAAUUGAGCAUCAGUUUAUCUCUGUACUAGCACAUGAACUCCAAACAAGUGUCGUCAAUAAAUCACAAAACGUGCAUUCUAAUCCAAAUCAAUCAGAAAAGCAUCAAGAUCAACAUGAGCAACAAGAAUUGUUACUUGAUCAGAGAGUUGCUAAUAAUUUAAUUCGUGUCAUUCAACAAACUGAACAUGAUUUAGAUAUACCACAGUUGAAUCAAGAAACUCACGACGAUGUACAGAAUGAUAAAGAAUCUGAUGUAAAUUCUUUAUCAGCAGAGAAAUUUUUGGAAAACAUAAAAUCUUCACCGCUGCCGCAAAGCUGGAUGUAUUUUGAAAAAGUAAAAGGGCUGGAAUUUGUGCAGAUAAAUCCAACAACUAUGCAAAUUUCAAAUCGUCUACAAGUAAACAAGGAUUUAUCUAUUACUGUUAUUUUUUCCACCAAUGAAGAGUUGAAUAUAAAUGACAAUAUCAGUUCUUUCAACAGUAUCUACGAUUACUUAAAAUCAGUAGAAAGAUGGCCAAUAUGCGUUGGAACUCAAAUUGACAAUAACAAGUUUUCAAAAGUUUGUAAGGGUGUACUUGUUGGUGAUGAUUCCUAUAAGAGAAAUCAAGCGAAUCCAAGAUGUAAAUCUUGUAGAAUUUUACGUCAUCGUUUACAGAAAUAUAAUUCAACUUCAACUAUUUUAGAAAUAACGUUACGAGUUACACUUGAAAUAUUGGACAUGCUUAAAAACGAAUGUGAAUGUAAAUAUUUGAUGAUAGCUACGUUAUUACAGGAUCCUUUAGAGAUUGCUUAA